AUGGCGGACCAUAUCAGGCGGAUCUUGAUGAUCGUCGUUUGGGCGAACGUUUACGCGAUGAUCCUAGCAAAUCUAACAGAUUCAUCGGAAAUAGAUCUGUCCGACGAAGUGGAGGGGUUCACCACGACUAAAAGAACGUUUCCAGACAGGUGUCUCGUCAAAACCGAGCCUGGUCCUUGCAAACAGUAUGUACACAAGUGGACGUUCAACAAGACUGAAGGAAAAUGCAGGAUGUUCCCUUACGGCGGCUGCCUGGGAAACGAGAAUCGUUUCAACUCCGAAGCCGAGUGUCUCUAUCAUUGCGUGGGUGGUCCUGAUCAUACGUUGCCACCAUAUUUGGUGACAAAGGGUAGCGUGUUUGUGACAAGCACCACGACUACGAACACAUUUCCUUCCACCACCGCUAUCACUCCACGACCAACGUUCGCGCCUCCCGCGCCUACGAGACCACCUGUACCGAAGUACAAAAGGGGAAAGGAGCUAACUUUCAUGGAGUCAGGAUACGAGAAGACCUUCAUGUUUGCGCAAAGUAACACGUUUAUUCAGCUCGAUGGCCCUGGCAUCAAACCAUUUCAAUUACGAUUGUGUCGCGAAAUAUCCUUCAAGUUCCGAACAAAAUUACCCCACGGUCUCCUAGUCUACCACAGCGUGAAGGACCGACCAGAGAGUCUAGAUCCGUACGCUCUGUACGUGAUCGUCGAGAAGGGUCAGCUAAAAGUUGUCCACGUGUUCGGUAAACGAUCAACCAGUCUGACGGUCGGCGAAGGGUUGAACAGAGACCAAUGGCACAGCGUUCUUGUGAGGAUCGACGUCCAUGGGGCGAAACUGAUCGCUAGAGUGGACGACAAACAAGAAGAGACGACGCUCGAGGUUUUGGAGCAUGUGAUCAAUUACGGAGUGUCGGAGGAAUUGGCGUCCGUCGUUCUUAUUGGAGGGUUGAGUUCUGAAGAGCGAUUACAUGGCGUGAAGUACAUAAUAGAAUCCUUCGUUGGUUGCAUAAGGGACAUGGUUCUCAGUUCUGGCAAGUCGGCUAGCGAUUUAUUGCCGAUUCAACCUCUGAUUGCCACAAAACAUGAGAACGUGCAGGAGGGUUGCACGGACAAGUGUAGGACACGGGAGAAUCUUUGUUUCAUCCCUAACCAGUGCGUGAAUCACUAUAACAGUUUGACUUGUGAUUGCUUUGGGACCAAAUAUGAGGGAGAACGUUGUGAUGUGUACACGGCGACGAUUUUAACAUUGAGAGGAUCUUCGUACGUCUCCUUCCGCGUUUACGAUUGGAAAGACAGGGUUCAUUCAUCCGUCAACAGAAUAAGUCUGGCAUUUAAGACAAAAUGGGACGAUUCGGCAUUAUUCUAUGCAUCCGGUGAAAUCGACGGGACUCCUCACUACGUAGCAGCCUCCAUCAUGAACGGAUCGGUGCACGUUGAGCUAGAUUUCGGACACAAUUCGAAAAUUGCUACGGUCCUCGGUGAUUAUAUCACUGCGAACCAUUGGAACAAUCUGACGAUAUUUCACAAUGGAUCUCUAGUGUUUGUCAGUUUAGACGAUGAAAUAAAGGUGCUCGAAGUCCCCGGAGAGAAUUACAAUAUGAUUAUAGAUCCUGAGAUUUACAUUGGCGGUGGACCUGAGUUGCAGAAGAAAAAAGGACUGCUAUCGUACAAUAAUUUUGCGGGUUCGUUGAAGUACGUUUUCUUUAACGACAAGUCCAUCAUCUACGAAUUGAAACGAUCGAAUCCAAUGGUACAUUACAUCGGUGUGUUAGAGCCUGAAUACUACGAGGCAGAUGUCGAUGUGAUCCCAAUAACAUAUCCGUUCGCUGGUAGCCAUAUUUGGUGGCCCAUAGCACGAACGGACUCCCUCAAACUGAAUUUCGAUUUCAAAAGUUCGAAACCCAUUGCGGUGGUCGCUUCAGGAGACGUGAAAAGUAAUCGUGGGCUUGGUUAUUGGGAGCUUCGUCUCGUCAACGAUGAAAUUCGCUUCCAACUAAUUCCCGUGGUGACCGAGAACGUCACGGUCACAGCGGCUGUCAAAUUUCCUCCGUACAAUACAUCCUGGCACGCGGUUGAACUGAACUACACCAAGGGGGAACUUAGUAUUCUUGUCGACUAUAGAAACAAGCAGAGCAAACUGUUCUCCAUGACCUUUGAAUUGGGCGACAAAGUGAUCAUCGGAAGUGGAAAGAGCAAUGCAGGUCUAGUUGGUUGCAUGAGGGAGAUACGAGUGAACAAUGAAAGAAUAGAACCUAGGUACGUGGUGAACACCGAAAGAGUAAUCGGAGAAGUUGCUUUGGACAAUUGUCAGUUCGUGGAUCCUUGUACUAGACCGAACACUUGCGAACAUGGCGGCAAGUGUUCAGUGAAAGAGGACAGGAUCACCUGUGACUGUACUGAUACCGGUUACAUUGGUAAAAAUUGUCAUUUUGCUCAAUACAGAAAAACAUGCGAGGAAUUAGCUUUGUUGGGUUACACACAAGACGAUGUCUACAAAAUUGAUAUCGACGGAAACGGGAGAUUUCCACCUGCCCUCGUCAAAUGCGAAUUUCAGUCAAUCGAAGAUUCAACGAAGACCAUUGUGGAGCAUAAUUUGCCCUCACAGGUUGACGUAAGAUCCAUCGUUGAAUCAGAUUUCUCCUUCAACAUCAAGUACAGACAAUUCACCGGGGAGAUGCUCCAGGAGUUGAUCUCACAUUCGCUGUACUGCAGUCAGUACGUUAAAUACGAUUGUUAUAAGGCGCCUCUGGAGCUGCACAGCGCUACCUGGUUUUUGAGCUCGAAGGGAACAACCGUGGAUUACAUUGGGAACGUAAACAGAGGCUCUUGUCCUUGUGGAAUGAACAGGACCUGCGUCGAUCAGAAUCUAAGUUGCAACUGCGAUGUUGUCGCUGGCAAUGCCGGAAAGUGGCUCUCCGACGAAGGCUACUACGAAACUCCAGACUCCCUAGGUAUCACAGGAAUGGUAUUUUUGCAACAAAGAGACCUCGAAGAGGAUGCCCAAGGUCGAAUUACAUUGGGACCACUGGAAUGCGUUGAAACGAAUACACAGAAAUAUGUCGUGACAUUCACAACCUCUCAGUCUUAUAUUGAAGUACCAGGUUGGCGAAAGGGAGACAUAGCUUUCAGUUUCCGGACGACAGGCGAGAAGGCUAUUUUAUUAUACCAGCCACCUAUUAGGAGCAAUUAUCCAUCGUUCAUGGUGGCUCUAACCUCGGAGUACCGUUUGACCUUCAAUUUCACUUUGAACACUGGUACCAUCAGGGAACUUGAGGUAAAAAGCAGACGGAAACUGAACAAUGGCGAGUGGCAGAAAAUCUGGAUCGAUUACAACGCCUACCACGUUAGAUUCAUGAUCAACACCGACUUCCAAAUGGUCGAUCUAUUGCCUGAUGAAGAAUUUGGACCCUUCGAGGGUUCUAUGUUCAUCGGUGGAGCCACUGCAGAACACCUGAGGACUUCAUCAGUCCGGCAAGGACUCAUCGGCUGCUUCCGCGGUCUCGUCGUAAACGGCGAGAUUCUAGACAUUCACAGCUACAUGUCCGUCCAUCUAUCCGAGAUUAUAAAGGACUGCAAACCUUCCUGCCAGCCGAACAAGUGUCAAAAUGGCGCAAGAUGCGUGGAACUCUGGAGCAACUUCGAGUGCGUCUGCGAGAACAGAUGGGCCCACCUUGGCACUUACUGCGAGAAGAACAUAAACCAGAAAGCCCUCACGUUCAUAUCGCAAGGAGCAUUCUUGCGGAAGAACUACUUCGGCACGGAUGAAGAGGACGAAGAGACAUUACUACUGAAGAGCAUACUGUUACAGAAUAUACUGAUCAAUCUGAGAACGUACGACACUCAUUCGUUGAUCCUGUACGCUAACGAUCAUUUGAACAACUUUGCUCAUUUAUACAUAUCGAAUGGGACCAGCAUUGUUUAUUUAUUCAACGCCGGCAACGAGAUCAAGAAUAUUACAGUGGAAUAUCCAGGUGUGAACACGGGGAUCUCGGUGCAGAUCGCGAUAAUCCGUAACGAGAAAUCGACGACGUUACACGUGAACGAGUAUAACAUCACGUUGAACGCAACCCCUGUGCUUCUGGAUACUUAUUCAAACAAGCCUUGGAUAAAUCCUGAAAAGGAGGUCCUGGCGCCACAGAGGCCACCGGCACCACCCACCAACUACUUCCAGGUGAAUCUAGGAGGCUUCGACACGGACGAUCUGUUGAGAGUCGGCAAAGAGGGGAUACUGAUAAAAGGCUAUGUCGGCUGUAUCCGUGGACUGAUGAUCGGGGAGUACCUGGUCGAUCUACCGAAUCUUGCUAACGAGGCUAAUCACGAGGGCAGCAAAGGUGUGCUACCUGACUGCCAAAUGAAGUGCGACGCAGUCCCUUGCAAGAACCUGGGCAUCUGCACGGAGGACUUUGGCAGACAGGAGUCCUCUUGCAACUGCGAACUAACGUCCUAUUUUGGGGAACACUGCGCGGAUGAAAAGGGAGCAGACUUCAGUGGCGAGAGCGUUCUCCAACGUGAAUUCGACCUUGUUGGGGAAGUCAGUCAAGUGAAGGUCCAACUGGCAUUCUCGACGAACGAAUUACGUCAACGCACCACGGCGUUACUGCUCCUGCAGACAGAGAACAAGUUUUUUAGAAGAAGCUACUAUCUGCUAGUCGCGUUGACGUCCGAGGGUCAGCUAAUAUUUGAAGAAGACAGAGAGGGUUCCGCCCAUGGAGUACGUUUGAACGACAGGAAUUUUCUGAAUGGCGCCCGCCAUAGUGUCUAUUAUGUUCGCGAUAACAACACAGCUACUCUUUUGAUCGAUCGUGAGCCUGUGCAACUGCUACCGAUCCCCGUGCUGAACCUGGGCGACGACGAGGACGAGAGUCCAGGAAUGACGGAGAUCCAACUGGGCGGCCUGAACACAACCGACUCCCGGUUCAGCGCGUACAAAGGAUACACGGGCUGUCUGAGCAACGUCGUGGUAUCGAUCAACGGAGGUCCUGGCAUGAAGCCACUCGAGGAAUAUAUGCUAUUUACGAAACAGGGAAGUGAAACGGUCAGAGCGACGAUACCCGCCGGCGUCAGGAGCGCCCAGUGCGCGGUCUUUCAUGCACAGCCACGUGGACUUGAUCCGCCUAGAAACGAUAGCGUGGGUCGCGACAGAGCCUGGGUGGAGGAUCCACCGGAGAGGACAGUGUACAAGUCUCAGUACUCCGACGCGACGCAGGAGGAGCAAGGCGCUGGUACUUACCUCUUCAUCGCGCUUUGUUGCGUGUUCGUGACAGCGGUGAUAGGCUGCAUUUACGAGGUCUGGCGUAGCGCGAGGAAAGAUCGACGCCGGAGACGUGCGUCCGGGGUCUCGGCGACGUCUACGGUGCCGGCGUCUAGCUCUCAAAGGUGGCAGUCGCCGCAGUACACGGAAUCGUUGCCAGCCGGCGUGAAAACGGUAGGCUUCAAGAACGUGGCUGAGGACGAGAAGAGACCGAACGGCACGCACGCGAAGCCGCCGGGCAAAGAGUACAAACCGCUGCCCAACGCAGAGUCUAAAGACUUAAUUAACGAUAAAAGGGUUCAUAUUAAAGCAGAUGAAGAUGCGGAGAAGAAGGAGCUCCUAGGGGUAAAUACAGGCAUCAUCACUAAACCUCCGAAACCAAAUCCAUUCUCGAUGGAGGAUCUUCAAGAGGAGCCGGAAUUAGAAGAACGCGAGGAAGAGGAGGCAGGUGUAUAUGAGGAAGAAGAAGAAGAGGAAGACGACUCGAAACGACUGAACCAAGACGAGGAGAGCGAGCAACCGAAAGCCGAAAAUACAGAUGACAAUGAUUUCGUGAAAUCGGCGAACACGUACAAUGAAAUGAACCUGCGGUCGACAAUCGAAAGUUCGUCCUCAGAUUCGAUGAAGCCUUUGAUUUUCAAUCUGCGGCCUAUCUAUCUGUCGGAUCACCAAAGGACAUUUGGAAGUCCAUUAAACUAUCUGGGCGCACCGAAAUUUCAUCCGAGAAACAGAAAUUCUAUAGAGUCGGUAAUGUCCUUGGAUUAAAUGUUUCGACGUUGGGAAAUUAACAAUCGAUUCUUCAGAGUACCUUCAAUUUAUAGUAAUAAUAAUAUUUAGUGACGCCUUUAUUAGACGUUGAAAAGAAUCGCACGGAAAAGUAACGCAUGGAGAAGAAUUGAAUGCAUAA